CGCUGAAGUACCUGUAUCAUAACGGAUCCUGUGGAAGAACACACAAAGAUUGUGUUUGAGAGCAGACGAGAAGCUCCAGCCGUCCUGAGCCAUGUCCGUCUCCGACAGCCCUGCGUCCUCCAUCUGUAUGUUUGCGCUCCAUCAUCAGUCGUCCAGCUCUCCGGCCGGCGCUCUGAACCCUGACCCCAGCAGCAUGAGCGGUCAGAUGUCUCAGAUGGACACAGGUGUGUACGGUCAGCCCAUGGUCUUCCCCAAGACUCCAGACGGCCGGAGCAUGGAGCAGAUGAUGGGCUUCGAGCCGUACUCCUCGUGUCUGACCCCCAGCAGCUCUGAACGAGCAGCGCAGCAGAACCAGCAGGAUUUUUCGCAGUUUCUUCUGCCGCCCCCAGCCUCCACCCUGCGGCCGAUGGGACACAAGCGCGGCCCGAGCAAAGACAGCGUGGAGUACCGUCUGCGUCGAGAGCGCAACAACAUCGCGGUGAGGAAGAGUCGCGAUAAAGCGCGGCGUCGGAUCCAGCUGACCCAGCAGAGGGCGCUACAGCUCCAGGACGAGAACCACAACCUACAGCUGCACAUCCAGCGUCUGUCGCACGAGGUGGAUUCACUCAGACACUAUCUGUCACAGCGCCACCUACAGGCCAGAGAGCAGGACACCGCUGGAGACUGAAGGUUCUGUCAGUUGGGAUUGGCUUUGUGAUUUUUUUUGGAUAGUUUCAUGUAAAUGUUAUAAUAUCGAACCGUUCGGUAUGGCAUCAAUGGUUCAGCGUGCGCUUCUGAAUUCCAGUUUUGCAUUUGUUGGUUUUAUUUCUCCCAGAAUUGGCUUUGUGUUUGUGCUCAGUAAAUGCUUUCUCAUUUUUAACGUGAAUUUAAAAAAGAAGCACACGCCGAGCAUCUAAACCUGUUUUCCAACAAUAGAAGACAUUAUAACUUGUUUUUACAUCACUCUUCGUUUUGUGAUCUGAUGUGGCUGAAAAUAUUAGCCUGUUCUAUACUGUAAUAAAGAAUAGAAAUGGUUAUGAGGAUGCCUUGAGCAUUUAGACAUUGUAGUUUGAGGUUUUCUGAUUUGAUUUAAAUAAACGGUCACAUUUUUUGACUCGUGAAAAUUUUUGUGCUUUUCAGUAAUUUUUUAGAAGUCAAUUUUUAUAGACAAAAUAUUUAUGUAAACGAACACUGUAGUUGAACUAAUUACACACAAAUACUGUAUAUCAAAAAUAAAUUGUAAUGAAUUUGAUACAAUUACAGCAACAUAAAACACAUUUCCCCCAAAAAAAUAUGUAUGUAUUUGUGAUUCUAUAUAACUACUUUUGAGCCAAUUCCAUUUUUAUAUUUACAUGACUUUAUACACUGUAUUUUCUUGCUUCAGAUUUGUUGUUGUUGUUGUUUUACUUUUAACAUUUUGCUGCGAAGCCAUUCAAUAUGAUAUAAUAUUUAAGUCAAAUAUUUUAGGCCAAUGUUAUUUAAUUUGUUCAUUUGUUUCACAAUCACAAAUGAACAGUUUCACUUAAAAUCUAAAUUCAGUUUAUAGUUAACUUUAUCUGACAGUGUUCUAAAAUAUAUUUUAAUUUUGAGCUAAUAAUUGGAUCUUGGUCUUUUAAAAACAACACACAAAACCAUCGCUAGAUCAAAUGGAUUUGUGCAAUUAAACUUUAAUAAACCCAGAGCCUGUCACAACUUACCCCGAGUGAUCACUAGCACUUAAAUCAAAAGUAUAAAGGGAAACAUCCGAAUAAACGACUUCAUGCAGUCUUCAAGUCGUGGUGAAAUGGUUAAUGCGAUUAUUCGGCCGAUUUGCAUUGAUUGUGAAUUGCACAACACGAUAGCAGAAUGUCAUCUUUCCUCUCUUCAAACGGACGCGAUGACUCGGGUGUUUGUGUGGAGGAGCUCAGGCCGAGCGGCAGUGGGACGGGUGAGAUUUCAACACCCCUGUGGGACAGUGAUAGUGAUAGCAUCAUUGCACAGAGCCGUUCGGUCUUCCUGUGGCUUCCACUGCAGGCUGAGGACACGGCGUUAUCUCGUAGGGAUGCAGAUGACUGCGGCUGAUAACGCUGAACCUGCGCUGCACAUCCACUGGAGCAGACCCUCACUUUCAUUCAUUGGCACGACUGUUGAUGUUUGUGUUGUAACUGGAUUCUGUGUGACGGUGGGGCAAUCUGCGGUCCCAGACCUGAAAUCUGGCCACAGGGUUAGGAAAGAGUGUGUUUCAACUGAGGCUGUGUUACUCAAGAGCGAGCGAGAGAACAGGCAGAGAUCCGAACUCUCAACACCUGAUGCUUUCUGUGUGCAUCAAUCAAUAAAACAUGCAUCGCUUAUCAUACUAUAAUAGCUUUUUUGGGGGAUAUUCAAGGCUAGACGAAUAUAAUGGCAUCAGAUAGUAGAACCAGAAUAGCAUCAGAUAUGAUGAUGGUGAUGAUAUAAAACAGUGUGACUUGCUAUGCUUCAUCGUCUAAUUAAAAGCAUUCUGCAUUAUUCAUGUAUCGUGAGCUUGUGUUUAUUGAGACAUUGCAUAUUUGUGCUUCAUCAAAUAAAAUCAUUGAUUCA